UGUCGCGAGUGAAGGUUUACUGCCAUUGACUUCUGGUGAGCGAACAGAAGCAUCUGCCGAAAGGCCUGAUAAACGUUUCGGUAUUUGUGCUUUCAGUUAUAAAUAUGUUCGUUAAAGUGAAUGUUGAAGUUUGUGCAUUGACAGCAAAUGACUCCUAUAAUUAGAUUCACUAGUGAUGUGACGAUGUCAGAAAAUAGUCAAUGAGAGUGUAGUGUUGGGCGGUAUCAGUGCUACCUGACACCUAAUCAGCCUGGGCACGGCGCUGCCAGACUUCACACCGCUUCAGUUCAGUCGACGAUGGCAGGAGAGCGGUAGCAGCGGCUAAUAACGCAGCCAUGCCCCGCGUGUCGCUCCGCCGCGCCUUCUUCUACUUCGGGGUGGUGGCGUGCGUGUCUCUGCUGCUGGUGGUUGUCCAUUCCCCCAGCAGGAGCUUCUUCCCCGUAACUGGGGCUCGACGCCCGUCUGGGUUCCCUGAACGCCCCGUACUUCUACUGGGGGAUGAUCAACAGCCUGAAGGUGCGCUGGGCACAGCGCUAGACCCGCGCGUUUACAACGAAGUCCCUCUGUCCAAGGAACAACCCGGCGCCAUUGUAGAAAAUCCAAGCAAAAAUGAAGUGGAUAGUUCAGAUUUCGCUCGACUUUUUAUACGCGAGGAGCCCACGGCAGCGGUCCCCGCAAACUACACGCCCUUGCUGCCCCAUCAAAGACCCUGGUUCAUGAAGGGCGGACAGAAGCUCCCAGAGCCAAGUGUUCUCGGUCAUCGAAAACUCCUCUUGUGGCCCGACGAGGACCACGGCGACCGCAUCCCCGCACAGCUCAUGUACAAGCCUCCCGAACUUCCUCCAAUGUACGCUGACCAUCCAGACGUUGGAGGCGACGUAGAAAAAUCCCAGCCAGCACUCAAAAAGAUUCUCAUGUACAACGGCAUGAAUUCUUGGGGUAUGAAGGCUGGUCGCGGUCACUUCAUGAAGCUCAAAUGCCCAGUGGACACAUGCGUUCUAACUGGGACGCGUUCAGAAUUAUCUUCCUCCGACGCGGUCGUUUUUAAAGACCACUUCAGUGAUCCCCACGAGACAAGGGAUCCAAACCAAGUGUGGAUCAUGUACAUGUUGGAAUGUCCACUUCAUACGCAGCAUUUUUCACACGGAAAUGUUUUUAAUUGGACAGCGACGUAUCGCCACGACAGCGACUUAGUUGCUCCGUACGAGCGCUAUAUGUACCAUGAUCCGGUGAUCCGACAAAUGAACCAAACAGUGAACUAUGCGGCCGGCAAGUCAAAGCAAGUGGCGUGGUUCGUCUCUAACUGCGGGGCUCGCAACAACAGACUGCAGUAUGCAAAGGAACUAGGCCGGUAUAUCGGCGUUGACAUCUACGGCGCGUGCGGCACAAAGCGCUGUCCGCGCUCCAGCUCGACGCGCUGCUUCGACAUGCUCAACCGCGACUACAAGUUCUACCUCGCCUUCGAGAACUCCAACUGCAGGGACUACAUCACGGAGAAGUUCUUCGUCAAUGGUCUAAGGGGCCUGCGACGCAGACAAGGGUAAGUAGCCACUACGUAUUUUUUUUUAAUUUUUCAUCGCUUCUUCCCAGCAUGCAAGCCAGGUAAAUAUUUAGAUACUUUUUCUCCGGGUGUAUGGUUACUAAUUCUAAAUAUUUAUUGGGUAUAUUAUAAAUUACCAAUAGAACGUUUAUAUAAAUAUCCCGUUCUCACUUAGCUGUAUAUAUUUUUCGCAACGUUGAAAUAUUUUUUAUAUAUAAAUCAAUAAGAUUGAUCUUGAUAUAUAUCUAUGUUUUAUCUUCUAGCGCCGACUCGCUUGCGGUGAACGAUUGGAUUUGGUGUGCUUUACUUUAAAAGUCUUUAUUAAUU